UCGUUCGUUCGUUCUCAGAGAUGGAUCCUCUGGAGGUGCCUCCUCUCACCCCCACCAGUAAAGAGGUUCUGACCCAGGCAGUGAGGGCCAGUUUCGCCGGCUUCACCCAGGAGAGGAGUCGCCUACGGUUCCCCAGAGACCCCAGCUUGUGGUCAGAGUGGCAUGUUGACCACUGGUUAGACUGGUGCCAGGCUGAGUUCGGCCUGCAAAGCCUGGGGAUGGAUUUGCGGGGCAUCCGAGGAAGUGAGCUCUGCAGCCUGGACAGAGAGGGCUUCUUGGCUCUGAUCUCUGACUGCACGGCAGGAGAAAUCUUGUGGGAGCACCUGGAAACCAUGCACAAAGAAUGUGAACCUGACCAAGGCCAAUAUGUUUGCCUAUCACCCCACUUCAGCCAAUCACAAUGCAGCAUAGACAGUAACUCAGCCUUGUCUACGGACCAUCCACACUACCAACUGCUUUCCCAUCAUGCAUCAUCCGAAAGUGUGCAUCUGCUCUCUCUGGACACCGUGAGCCCCAGGCACUAUGACCUCGCUCAUCUGAGGGAGGAGACGCACUUAAGAAAAGCACAGGAGGUGCCAUCGUCUGUACAGGACUACCACAGCAUCAAUGAAGCAGAUGUGUGUGAUGUGGAUGUAGAGGCGCCACUGUGCUACGCCGAGGCUGACGCAGACGCACCCAUGCUCUGGGCAGGGGUCCACGAGGGGCUGGACUACGGCAGGAAGGAGGGUCACCUGCCGGAGACGGCCUUCACCCUGUCCCACUCUCACAUGAGCUUCAGGGAGUUCGUGGGGGACAAGGCAGACCUGGGCAAAGCUGUGGUCCCAGCCGCCGUCUUGGCAGGUUAUACUGGCAGUGGCCCUAUUCAGCUGUGGCAGUUCCUAUUGGAGCUUCUGACUGAUCGGAGCUGUCAAUCAUUCAUCAGCUGGACAGGAGAUGGAUGGGAAUUCAAACUGACGGACCCUGAUGAGGUGGCUCAGAUGUGGGGCCGGCGUAAGAACAACUCAAAGAUGAACUACGAGAAGCUGAGCCGAGGCCUGCGCUACUACUAUGACAAGAACAUCAUCCACAAGACGGCCGGCAAGCGCUACGUCUACCGCUUCGUUUGCAACCUGCAAGGCCUGCUGGGAUAUUCCGCAGAAGAGCUCCAUGCCAUGCUAGACAUCAGACAAAGCGACGUGUCUGAGGGGUUCUCAGAUGGAUCGGACGGGUCCCUGUAAAGCUGGAAAAUGCUAAAAUGACAUUGUUCAAAUCAACGGAUCCCUGUUGAAAUAGAAUGGACUUGAGCAUACAGCUCUAAAGGGGGGCACCUACAAAUGAAUAUUAUGUUUCAAUUAUUUAUUGUGUCCA